GUGGAGAAAGAAGAGCCGAGAGGAAUGACGGAGUUCACGGUUUUAACUCCAAAAACACUGACUUUAGACGAAGUUAACGCACAGACAGGAGUACUGAAAUUAUUGUAAAGAAGUUGUUUAACAUGAGCGACAAACUUUAGCGGCGAGUUUUUUGGGGAGACGCAGAGGUUGACGGGGCAGACUGUUGUGGGCUCAACAUGGAUGUCCGGGGAGCAACGGUGCGGCUCUGAGGAGGAAUUAAGGCCGUUUCUGGGUUAUUUCUGUUCGUGAGUUUGUGUGACGGUGCUGAGGAGGAUUUUAAAGCAGCACGCUUUUUACCAGGUUUGCAAUUCAGGUUAUUCAGUGAAUUGCUGUGGCUACUAGCUAAGAUGUUGAGGUUGUGGAGGCGGGAUGUGCCUCUCUCAGAGAGGCUGGGUGAGGAUUCUCCUCUGGCCGCAGCACCCGGCCCCCCGCCAACGACAGCCCCGAUGGGCCCCAACAUUUCAUGGCUCCCUGAAGCCCCACUGCUGAACCCAGACCAGCCCAUCUUCCUCAUGACCCCCGCGGCACAGGCUGUGUCGGGCUUCUUUGUCUGGACGGCACUCAUCCUCACCUGCCACCAGAUCUACAUGCACCUCCGUUUCUACAGCUCACCUAGGGAGCAGCGCCACAUCGUACGGAUCCUCUUCAUCGUUCCAAUCUACGCCUUCGACUCAUGGCUCAGCCUCCUCUUCUUCACCAACGACCAGUACUAUGUGUACUUCGACACCGUCAGGGACUGCUAUGAGGCGUUUGUGAUUUACAACUUCCUGAGUCUGUGCUAUGAAUACCUGGGUGGAGAGAGCGCCAUCAUGGCUGAAAUCAGAGGGAAACCCAUUGAGUCCAGCUGUAUGUACGGUACCUGCUGUCUGAGGGGAAAGGCCUACUCCAUCGGCCUCCUGCGGUUCUGUAAGCAGGCCACUCUGCAGUUCUGCGUGGUCAAACCGCUCAUGGCCAUCAUCACCGUCAUCCUGCAGGCUUACGGCAAAUACAAGGACGGAGACUUCAAUGUUGCCAGUGGUUACCUGUAUGUGACCAUCAUCUACAACAUCUCAGUCAGCUUGUCUCUGUACGCCCUCUUCCUCUUUUACUUCUCCACCAGGGAGCUGCUCAGCCCGUACAGCCCCAUGCUCAAGUUCUUGAUGGUCAAGUCGGUCAUCUUCCUCUCCUUCUGGCAGGGCAUGUUGCUCGCCAUCCUGGAGAAGUGCGGGGCCAUCCCUCAGAUUAACUCGGUGGAGGUGUCCGUCGGCGAGGGGACGGUCGCCGCUGGUUACCAGAACUUUAUCAUUUGCAUCGAGAUGUUUUUCGCGGCGCUGGCUCUGCGCCACGCGUUCACAUACAGGGUCUACAUGGACAAGAGUCUGGAUUCACAAGGCCGCUGUGCCCCCAUGAAGAGCAUCUCCAGCAGCCUGAAGGAGACCAUGAACCCGGGCGACAUGGUCCAGGACGCCAUCCACAACUUCUCCCCAGCCUACCAGCAGUACACCCAGCAGUCCACGUUGGAGCAGGGGGCGCCGCCACCCGUCUCUCGCACGCACAGCACCGUCAGCGGGCGCGGGGACACGGAGAAGACCCUCCUGCUCAGCUCCGACGACGAAUUCUAGAGCAGAAAGCGCUUACAGCUGAAUCUGAUUCAGACUGUUGCGGCUGACGGCACUUCAUCCUCCUGUGCAGCCGGUCUCCUUCACUGCAUGAAUGAUUAGAGAGGCGUUUGUUUUUCCUGUUUUUGAGACUGAACGUGAGCGAGGACCUUCCUGCAGAAACAUUUCUGCACCCACAUCGCCCAGGAGUCUUAUUUGGUGGGAACACUUUAAGCUGCUUUGUUGUUAAAGCCAGUGGGCAGAAGGUGAAAAGGGCUGUGUCUGGUUUUGGAAAGUUUGUGAGUCACACUUGUACAUACUGAAUCAUACUUGACUUUUGCAAUGCAAGUUUUCCAGCUCGGAUAGAAGCUUCAUUUCACAUUCAGUGGCAAUGUUAAUCGUCCUAACGGUUGUCGUUAUUUUGUUGUGGUUUGGGAUUGGUUUGCAUUUUGAAGGUCUUGUUGUUUUCAGAUGGUCAUUGGCUGUUUAUCAAGGUUUCCUCAAGUUGAAUUUUAAUCUUUUUUUUUCCAUGACUGGAAAUAGAAAAUAUCCUCAAAACAUUUCUAAGAGUUUUGAACCUCUAAUUUUGUAAACUUGAAACUAACAUUUAGGUAUUUAAUUUCCCAACAAUUUACCAAAUUAGUUGGUACAUUAAUGUACUUCAAACAGAAGCUUUUUUCAGCAUCGUAGCCAUCAUUAAAAAUGUGGUACAUAGUUACUCACAAUGCAUGUGUAGAUCAAUUGUAAGUGAACUGGAGGGAACCCUGGUGUAUUGUGGGAUUUUAAGGGACACCCUUUACUGCAUGGUGGGGAUGGAUUUAAAGGGAAACCAAGUCAAAAACUUGAGUCAGUGUCAGUUAUAUGGAUCAGUGUGGUUAUUGAUAUGACUGGAGCAGACGAGAGCGAGGCAGAGGAGAUUAUAGAUUAUUUAGUACGUCCGCUCCAGUAGGCCAGUAUGCAGCAGGAGUGAAGGGCAGCAGCAGCAGCAGCAGCAGCAGAGCCAGUCAGGAUUACACUGGUGUAAUUGGGGCGUUAUUUGAAUGGAUGGGAUUAAAGCUCGAGCUGGUUCACUCUGGCUGUAGACCUCUGCAGACCACAAUGUAGGUUAACUGGAUUGAAGUGAAAACAGAAGAGGAAUAUAGGUUAAAGCUAACUUUAGAUGCCCGUUCUCAGUCGAGGAGCUCUAUCAUAAACCUUUCCUCUGCUAGUAUGAUUCCAAAUGUUGAACGCAGACGUUUUAAGUCAUACCGAAAUUUAAGGCCUCUCACUUUUUAACAUGAGGAAAUAACUGAGCAAUUGUGCAGAAUUUUCUGUUUUUCAAAAGAGUGAACUCACUUUUGGACUCAUGGGUGGAAACAGCAUCUCAGCUUCAAGGCUUUGGGUGGGCGUCUCCCUUUGCAGCAGGCGACUGACAUCUGAGACGUGCUGUCAGCUUCUGUAGUUCGUGCUGACUGGAGCACAGCACAACUCUGAAGCCUACCAACAGUGAUGAGUUCCUGUUUUCCAACUCUUUCAACAAGCACACAUACAGUAUAUAGAUAGAUCACGCUCAUUUGAUCAGAAGCACAAACAUUAAAAACUCAUAUUCAUAUAUACUCCAGCCUCUUAAAUGUGAAUAUUUUCUGGUUUCUUUACUCCUCUGUGACAGUAAACGAGAGACAUUUGAGGACGUCAUCUUGACAUUUUUCAUUAUUUUGUGGCAUUUUAUAGACCAAACUAAUUGAUCCAUCGAGAAAAUAAUCUGCAGAUUAAUCGACAAAGGAAAUGAUCAUUAGUUGCCGCCUUAACUUAUUUAGAAUUUCACUUCCACUUGCUCCGUCUCUCACCCUGAUGUUCCUGAUCCAACUUCAGAGUCACUAAAAUCCGUCCAAAUGAAGACUUCACCAGAGCUCAGUGUUGAAAAUUCUUUUCAUGGAAGGUCUGAAUUCUUGAGCUGAACUACAUGUUUUGCACAUCAGGCAGUUAUUAUGCUGAGCUAUGGUACAUUUGAAAGCUUAAAAAAACACAAACUGAAUAUUAGCACAAUAAUAUUGGAAAAUAUAUCCUGUUCAUCACUUUUUCAUCUACCUACAGGCAAUGUCAAAAAAUAACACAACAUGUAAACUUCACGUUGUUUCUUUGGCUUGGAUGCUCUUCUGUUCUUCCAGGCAGUCUUUUUUUUUUGUUGUUGUCGUAUUUUUUUGUUGGAUUUGAGUUCACCGCAGUCAGAGCUGCUUAUUUUGUCCACAUAAUUGAAGUUCUUGAGUCAUCUGAAUGAGUCAUAGUGAGUCUGCCAGCGUGUUUACUGUAACUACUUUCACUGCUCUGCUGUAGCUCUGCAUGAACACCAGGGGGCCGCGUGGGGAGGACAUGAACACACUGGCACUCUUAUCUCCAAGCAGACAGGCAGUCAUCACUCACUUUAAGCUCGGUGCAUGUACAACAGAAGAGCGGCAGUCUGUCGCUUUUUUUUUUCAUCCUGUCAUUACUCCGUGUGUCUGUUUUUCAUCGGAAAAAUCGAGGCAAGCCCUGGCCUCAGACAGUGGUCAUGGGUGUUUAUUUCUGCUUCUGCCCGACAUAAUAUUGCUUUUUAAACAGGAGAGAAGCCAUGUCUGUGAACAGGAGCAGCGGCUUAUUUUUAGGCGUUACUGAGUUACUGAGUUGUCUGGGUAAUUGGUUUGCCACACAGAUACAAACUGGAUUAUUUUGACCAUGACUGAGCUUCCUCCAGCUCCAAAUGGAAGUCUGUGUUCCUUUAUAAAAGCAGUGGUCAGUUCAUUGUGUUGCAUUUACAGUACACUGUAUGUGCAUACAGCUUCUUGUCUAUGUACAAUUUUCAUGUGGAGCCAUGAAUGAGCAACAUAGGUGUUUGACAGUGCUGAUGUUUUCUGCUGGUGUGCUUCUUUAAAAAAGAUCUGAACUUUCUUAUCAGGGCAGAAAUGGGGAUGAAACCUAAACUGGUGCAAGUUUUUGGUGAAUUACAUCUCCAUCUGAUAUUCUGAUAAUUUACAAUGGAAAGGCAGAGUACACAGUGUGUCUGUCAUACUGCACUUUGAAUGUCAUAAUUCACUCUGUAGCUGAAGACACUCUUCAGAUGUGUAUGAAUAUAGCUGAGAAAAUGCUGUAGACUAAUGUAAGUACAGCUUUAAGUGCUGUCUGCAAGAGGAGCAGAAGUGAUGUGUGUUGAAAUAGUCAUAUAUGCUGUGAAGUUGGAGCACGGCAGAAAAAAAAACAACCUAGUUUUAUAUUUUUAAUUCAUAACUGUCUUUUUUUUAUUUUAAUGACUUCUGGUUUACUGUUCUUUGUAUAUUAUAAAGCUGCUCAUGAUGCUACUAUUUCAUGUCAAAUGGAUCUUAAGAAAUAAUAAAGGAUAUUUAGUCUGA